AAAAACUACUUUCUUACGAUUACAAGGUUCAUUUGAAUAUGAAAUUCAAUCCUGGAAAUACAGCAUCCCACUUUUUUUUACUACUCAAGGUUUCGAUAUAUUUCGAAAUCGAGAAAUUUCUACUGGGGCGGGUGCUAUCCGAGAACAAUUAGCCGAUUUAGAUUUGCGAAUUAUUAUAGAAAAUUCGUUGGUAGAAUGGAAACAAUUAGGAGAAGAAGGUCCCACGGGGAAUGAAUGGGAAGAUCGAAAAAUUGUAAGAAGAAAAGAUUUUUUAGUUAGACGUAUGGAAUUAGCUAAGCAUUUUAUUCGAACAAAUAUAGAACCGGAAUGGAUGGUUUUAUGUCUCUUACCGGUUCUGCCUCCCGAGUUAAGACCCAUCAUUCAGAUAGAAGGGGGUAAACUGAUGAGUUCAGAUAUUAAUGAACUCUAUAGAAGAGUUAUCUAUCGGAACAAUACUCUUACUGAUCUAUUAACAACAAGUAGAUCUACACCAGGAAAAUUAGUAAUGUGUCAGGAAAAAUUGGUACAAGAAGCCGUGGAUACACUUCUUGAUAAUGGAAUCCGUGGACAACCCAUGAGGGAUGGUCAUAAUAAGGUUUACAAGUCAUUUUCAGAUGUAAUUGAAGGAAAAGAGGGAAGAUUUCGCGAGACUCUGCUUGGCAAACGGGUCGAUUAUUCGGGGCGUUCGGUGAUUGUCGUUGGACCCUCACUUUCAUUACAUCGCUGUGGAUUGCCUCGCGAAAUAGCAAUAGAGCUCUUCCAGACAUUUGUAAUUCGUGGUCUAAUUAGACAACAUCUGGCUUCGAACAUAGGAGUUGCUAAGAGUCAAAUUCGUGAAAAAAGCCCAUUGUUUGGGAAAUCCUUCAAGAAGUUAUGCAGGGGCAUCCCGUAUUACUGAAUAGAGCACCUACUCUACAUAGAUUAGGCAUACAGUCAUUCCAACCCAUUUUAGUGGAAGGACGC